GCAGCCAUUGCGGCUGAACACCGGGACACUAAGGACUUCAAAAAACUGUAUGAAGAUUUAAUGAGAGACAAUGGACGUCUUCGCUCACAGCUGCUAAACACCCAGAACCUGGUGAAUGAAACAAAAGCAGAAUUGGAAAGAGCCACGCAGAGGCAGGAAAGGUGUGUUGACAGAUCGUUUCUCAUCGAUACAGAGAAAAAAGAAAAGAUGAUCCUGGAACGCAGAGUAUCUGAACUACAAGAAGAGCUGAAGGUUCUCGGAGACUUGAAGGCUGAUAACCAACGCUUGAAAGAUGAGAACGGAGCUCUAAUUCGAGUCAUCAGCAAGCUUUCAAAAUAA